AUGUCUGCGAGACCUGGGAUGCGUCCUCCCGUUCCCCCGCGAGGCCCCAAACCUCCUGUUGGCCGCUUGGCCAGUCUGAAAUCCCCCGGUGCUACGGCCAUCAGGCGCCCCCAGCCAGUUGCACGGCCGCAGCCCGCAAAGCCAACCACUCACCCCAAGACCACUACAUGCCCUAACCCGAGCUGUCCAGCCCCUCAUAUCAUUGAGGAUGAUGGCCAGAAGGUCUGUUCCGGGUGUGGUACAGUUGUCAGUGAAGCCAACAUCGUUUCCGAAGUGACGUUUGGUGAAUCCGCCUCUGGUGCUGCUAUUGUCCAAGGUUCUUUCGUCGGGGAAGACCAGACCCAUAGUGCUUCGAAAGCUGCCGGUCAGGUCUUCAAGCUAGCCGUGGGACUCAAUUUCAUUCAAGGUCGCCGGACGAAGACGGUGGCUGCCGUCUGUCUUUACAUCGCUUGCCGUCGCCAAGACGGCAAUACUGUCAUGUUGAUUGAUUUCGCCGACGUUCUCAUGAUCAACGUCUUCAAAUUGGGACGUACAUAUAAGGCUCUCUUGGAUGAACUUCGUCUGGGCGGGAACGUUUUUCUCAUGAAUCCAAUCGAUCCAGAGAGCUUGAUCUACAGAUUCGCCAAACAGCUUGAGUUUGGCCCCUCAACCAUGCAAGUGGCUAGCGAAGCUGUGCGUAUUGUGCAGCGCAUGAACCGCGAUUGGAUGACCACCGGUCGACGACCUGCAGGUAUUUGUGGAGCCGCUCUGAUCCUUGCGGCCCGAAUGAACAACUUCCGCCGCACCGUCCGCGAAGUUGUCUAUGUUGUCAAAGUGACAGAAAUCACCAUCAGUCAACGAUUAAACGAGUUUAGCUCUACCGAGAGUGGAGAACUGACUGUCGACCAAUUCCGCUCUGUGCAACUGGAGAAUACCCAUGAUCCGCCCUCAUUUACUAGGGCACGGCAGGGAAGGAAACCGGCCCGCAGCAUUAAGAGAAAUGCUGCAGAGACUGCUGCCGAGAUUGAGGAGGACGCAGAGGGGCUAGAAGAGUCAGAAGUACCGCCAAGACGCGUUGACGCAGAUGGUUUCACAAUCCCCAACUUGCCAAUCGACCCGGCUCUGAUACAAGCGGAUAAAGACAGCCAGUCGUCCGCUGCCGUUGGUGGACCGGAGGAUUCUACGGCGCCUUUAGCAAAAGGUCGUACCAAAGGAAAUGGCCGCCCGAAACUGCCCUCACCCUCCCCUGAACAGGUCGCAUCCGAAGAGGCACUGGAAAAUGAGAUGUCUGAAUACCUGGCCAAAGGUUCCAACAUGAUAGAAAGCAUUGAAUGCGGGGCAACCCGGCCAAAGAAAGUUGUAUCGGACAAUCCCGAAAUUGACGAGGCGGAGUUUGAUUCAGACCCGGAAGUUUCCAACUGUUUGCUAGCCCCUCAUGAAGUUGAAAUCAAGGAGCGCAUCUGGGUUCAUGAGAACAAGGAUUACCUACGUACGCAGCAGGCCAAAGCUUUAAAGAGGGCUCUGGAGGAAGCUGAUGCCCAGCCCGGCGACCGUAAGCCGCGGAAGCGUCGCAAGGGUAGACUGGGAGAUGUUCGAUAUCUCGAAGGUGAGGGAGAAGAUGGAGAUGGAAGAAGUACCCGAGCAUCUACGCCGGCGGAGGCUACGCGUCGGAUGCUGGAACGGAGAGGCUUCAGUAAGAAAAUCAAUUACCGUCUCCUCGAGACGCUGUUUGGCGAGGAUGAAGGUGACGAAGCUGCGAAGGAGGGUGAAGGUGGCAGCCGGAGUCGCAGUCAGAGUGUGGCUUCCAGACGCGGUGCCAGCAUCGACCCUGAAGGCACCAAGCGGCCAAGGUUCCUUGGAACUACUACGCCCACAAAGGCAGCUAGAGGUCCAACUCCGGCCGCAGCUCCAAUUCCUGCCCAUGUUGAAGACCCAACAUACCGCAGAGUUCCUGUUACCAAGACUGAUAGUAAUCCUCCCACUGAUCCAUCAACUGAGGUUGUGGGAUUAGCGCCGGCGGAUCCACAGGCUGUUGACCCAGAUGACGAGGACAACGACUAUGAUGACGACGAGGGCGACGAGGACGACGGCGUCGAUGCUGCAUUCUCCGGCCAUUAUGGCGAUUACUACGAUGAAGGCAGUGACUACUACGAUAGUGAUUAG